AUGUUUGGAAGAUUGACUUUUCCACAACUGCUUUUUGCUAGCCUCCUUGGAAUUGCUGGAGGAAUAUAUAUUUAUCAGCCAAUAUUUGAACAGUAUUCCAGAGAUCAGAAGGAGUUAAAAGAAAAGAUGAAAUUGGUACAAGACUCAGAAGAGAAGAAAAGUUGA